AAGUUAUAAUCAGUUUUCUUCUGUUGUAAAAUUCAAAUUUAUAUCCCUUCUGAGCAUGCCCUUGGAUGUGUAAAAGUGAACUUUUGUGACUAACAACUGUCCUAUUUUAUUGAUUUUAUUAAUUCUGGGAAGAACUUGCACAUAAAUUGUGUUUGGUAUACUUGAGCUCCAGUUUGAUCAAUGCUUGUUGUUUCCACCAGUCGCUGUACAAGUAUUGCAUGGGUGCCUGGAGCUGAAGGUGCUUUUGUUGUUGCUCAUGCAGAUGGGAAUUUGUAUGUCUAUGAAAAGGCAAGGGUCAAUGUCUAAUAUUAAUAAUAGCACUCUUCACUCUGGGGAUUUAAAAUUUGAAUUUCAUGCUGGUUUUUGUCCAAUGCAUCAUGUUAAGUGUACUUUAAGCUUUUGGUUCCCUUUUUUUGUUUCCCUCUUCUCCUUUUUCACUCCAGAACAAGGAUGGUGCUGCUGAUUCCUCAUUCCCUGUUAUCAAAGAUCAAACUCAAUUUUCUGUUGCACAUGCACGCUACAGUAAGAGUAACCCAAUUGCAAGAUGGCAUAUUUGUCAAGGCUCAAUUAAUAGCUUUGCUUUCUCAAUGGAUGGGACCUAUUUAGCUACUGUGGGAAGAGAUGGUGUUUUGCGGGUCUUUGACUAUUCAAAAGAACAACUCAUAUGCGGUGGCAAAAGUUACUAUGGUGCUCUACUAUGUUGUGCUUGGAGUAUGGAUGCAAAAUACAUUUUGACUGGAGGUGAAGAUGACUUGGUACAAGUUUGGAGCAUGGAAGAUCGGAAGGUUGUUGCAUGGGGUGAGGGGCACAACUCUUGGGUUAGUGGAGUGGCUUUUGAUUCAUACUGGUCAUCGCCUAAUUCAGAUGGCACAGGGGAGACAGUCAUGUAUCGGUUUGGUUCUGUUGGUCAGGACACACAACUGCUACUCUGGGACCUGGAAAAGGAUGAAAUUGUGGUGCCAUUGCGUCGUUGUCCACCUGGUGGCUCCCCCACUUACAGCACAGGGAGCCAAUCUGCACAUUGGGAUAAUGUGUCCCCAUUGGGUACUCUACAACCUGCUCCAAGUAUGCGAGAUGUUCCGAAGAUCUCACCGCUGGUUGCUCACCGUGUUCACACUGAACCCCUCUCGGGCUUGCUUUUUACCCAGGAAUCUGUUCUUACUGUUUGUCGAGAGGGAAACAUAAAAAUCUGGAUGAGACCUGGAGUUGCAGAAAGCCAACCAAGCAAUAGUGAAACCUUGUUAAGUACCAGUUUAAAAGAUAAGCCAUUGGUUUCCAGCAAGGUUGGCAGUUCUAGUUAUAAGCAAUGACCAAGCAUCAGAUGCAAGGCAAAAUGAAAGCUCAUUUUUCGCUGGAGUUGCAUUUCUAUUUGCAAGUGUGGCGGUUCGUCUCUUAUUUUUCAAGUUGGUUUUCUCUACGGCACAACUGUUCUAUGCAAAAUUGAAUUGCAAUGAGAUUAACCAACCGAAUCCAUUGUAUAUUCAAAGAACAAGAAUGCCAUUGAUGGCAGCUAAGAGGUUUGGGGAGAGAACCUCCUUUGUAAGUACAAACCGGGCGAUAUUGCUAGAAAAUUAUCGAAAAUAACACUGAUAGGAAUAACAUGAAUGAAGUUGCUCCUUAAAGAUAUGUAUUUGUUGGAGGUACAUUUGAGUGAUUACUUAUUUUUGGUAAUGCAUCUUUUGCAGUUACCACAUAUUUUUGUUAGCUAACCCAGAAGACCUGUCGAUGCCAUCGUGCCAUUAGGAUGAUAACGUGACUAGGCUAUAAACAAGUUUUUGUCAU